AAGAAGAAGGUCGAGCUGCUCCGGUGAUUCAUUCUCGAGCAUAAGGUGUUGUAUACAAUACAUCGUGUCUGAAACUCUGAAUCUUGUUGCUAGUUUCACAUAGUAAUACUCUAGAUGAUUCAGUCAGUAUCAAAUUUUGGUGACCAGCAAUGUAUGUAUAGCUCAGCACCUCAGUGUUCCCAAGUGCACUACUCGUUCCGCUCAUUCCAUUACUACUCCCUCUGUAAACUAAUAUAAGAGCAUUUAGAUCACUACUUUAGUAUUCUAAACGCUCUUGUAUUAGUUUACGGAGGGAGUACUAGUUUAUUAGCACUUGCUCAUUUCCCGUAGCCGGCGUAGGGAAUGAUGGUAUUAACUCACAUCAUUUUGCCUGUUUACUUCAUUCCACGACUUUGUGAUCCUCCAUUGCAGCGAGCGGUCCAAGAUUCAUAUCUCUAUUUAUCAUCUGCUUAGGUUAGGUCCUCCUCUCGGCAUUGAUUCCGAUUUAUUUCAUUUCGACACGCACACAAGUAGGACCAUGUCUUCGAUUUUAUCAACAGACGGUUCAGUCGGCAUCACUUUCAACGAAAUCCUGGCAGCCGUCAAUGUACUAUUGUUUGGAGCUGCUAAAAGUACAUUUUCAAUUCAAUCAAUUAAUUUUCUUAGCACUACUGACAGCUGCCAUUCCUGUAAGGAAAUGUUGUACUGAUUUCAAAUUGUCAUAUCCUUCCUGGCUAUUUACUUCCUUCAUGACUUUGCGUCUCUCCACCACAUCUCAACAUAUGACUGGUACGUACACAAUUUUUAGCUGUAUCAUCUACAUAGGUGUUCUAUGCCCAGCUCUAUUCUUUAGGUGACGCACAUAAGUACAAUCAUGACCUCUGAGUCCUGUUUUCUACUACCAUAUGAAUAUGAAUGCAUGCUAUGGAUUAUGGAUCUCCCUAGGAGUAUUUGCUUAACUGAAUUCUGAAUUGCAUCUACUUACUUACAUGCCUCAAUGAAACAUUUAUGUUUAUAGCUCAGCUGCAACUUUCGACGGAGAUCUUCCAGCAUGGGGAGGGUCUAGUUGAUGAGGUGUUAUGGCAGACAUGCAUCAGGUUGAUUAGACGUGACGUGCUGCUUUGUUGACAUUCCGUUCAGCCAAAAAGACAGAGUCCUCAAAAGGGUUAUACUUCUCACUGAGCUGCGCUUUGCACUACUGACAGCUGCCCAUUUCAUCUAGCUCCAGGUGAGGGGAAUCAAAUCAAAGAGGGCGAGACCCAAGAGGCGCUCCACUCACCAGGCAGGUCUGCAGUGGAAGCAAGCAUGGGGGUAUGUGGAAAAGGCUGAAGAUGCAAAGGCAAAGCAGUGCUCAGGAAAGAGGAAAGGUGGCUGCAUUGCAUGGAGUAAAAGUGAAACCUGCCAACGAACCAAAUCUCACUCACUCACUCACCCCCCACGUACACCAAUACCCAGCAGAGCAAGUCCAAGUGUACUGUGGCCAUCCUACAUGUGCCCCAUGUGCGCAGCAACUACACCAAACAACUACUCGUCCCCGUAUCUCUUUCAUUCUUUCUUACUCAACACUCCUCUCCUCCUCCUCCUCCUCCUCCUACUUACAAAAGGGCUCGGCCCCUUGUCAACCCAGAGCUAGCUAGGGAAGACCAAGCACAACAAUCUCACUGAAUCCAGGAACAGCAGCAGCAGCAGACUCUACACACCCAUACAUGUCGUUGGAGGAUCCACGGAGCGCCAUGGAGGGGAGGGCGAGGCGGCGCGCCAGCCCGUCCGGGAUGCGCACCAAGGCAGUCAGGGUGGAGCCGGAGCCACAACCGGCCAGGAGGCACGAGCUGGGGACAAGAGUGGCGGUGGUGUACUACCUGUGCCGGAAUCAUCAACUCGAGCACCCGCACUUCAUGGAGGUCCAACUCGCCUCCCCACAAGGCCUCUACCUCCGAGAUGUGAUUGGCCGGCUGGACGCCCUGAGAGGGAAGGGCAUGGCUGCCAAGUAUUCCUGGUCCUGCAAGAGGAGCUACAAGACCGGGUUCGUGUGGCACGACCUGUCUGCGGAUGAUCUGCUGCUGCCCACGCAAGGAACAGAGUACGUUCUCAAGGGCUCCGAGCUCCCAUUCGACCACUCAAAGCCUCUGCCAGUGCCAGAUCAUCAGCAGAAUAAUGCAGCAUGUGCAGACAAUGCAAAGGUUCAGCCCUGCAAGCCGGCUCGACAACAAGACUCGCCUCCUUCUCCUGGAUCAUCAAACCAAGGCUGGACUUCCAAGUCUCCAUCUCCUACUCCUACAACUUACCCUGCUGUUCCAGUCAUCAAAGAGGAAGUGCCGCCGCCGCCACCAACAACAACUCGUGCUGCUGUCGUUCCAACCAUGAAAGAGGUCGCGGUGCCACCGCCGCUUCCCCGGCCAGACUCGCCGUCAACACCAUCUGCCUCCACCAUUGGGGACGACGAGCAAUGCAGAAUACCACCACAUUCAGGCUCGUCGAGCAACUCGUCCCCCAAGGCAAGCAUGGCUUCCUCAGACACAAGCUCACCCAGCCCCCCCAAACCAGCAGCGGCAGGGAGCGACGCGGCCACACAAACAGAUGAUAAAGCGAGGUGGGACGACGUGAAGCUGCAACACAGACAGGACACAGCAAGAGCAUCAUCAUCGCCGGAAGGGCCGGAGAUUGUCGUAGAUGAGGAAGAAUCCCGUUGCACCCGUGCGCCGGCAGGGGAGAACCAGCCUCGCAGCAGGAGGAGCGGGACCCUGCAGUCCCUCAUCCGGGCGGAGGCGGCCGGCAGGAGGAGGUGCCUUCCUCUGCCGGUGGAGGACGACAGGGCUGCCGCUGCUGCUGCUGCCACGGGCGGCUCCGUCAGUGGCAGGCUGAAGCCGGCCAACCUGCUGAUGCGCCUCAUGGCCUGCGGGCCGAGUCACCCCGGCGGCUUCGGCUUGAUGCAGACGUCGUCCUACAAGCCGUGUUUCCCGCAGCUCGAGUACCCGUUGUCUCCGGAGCUGUGUCCUCUCGGCGCGCUCAAGCCUGCAGAAAAUUGCAGUGGCCGCCUGCUCGACGGUGCACUUAAACGCUCUUCUUCUUCGUCGCGCAGUCACCAGGAAGGAGUUAUUUGCGAAGAAGAAGAAGAAGCGUGGCCGAAAGGGUUUAACAGCAACCUGUCGAGAAGCGCGAGCAAGAGGACGAGCGAGCCGUCGUCGGGAAGGACGGCCUCUUGUUCAAAGGUGGUGUCGUUCCGGGACGAAUAGGCGACGAAGAUGGAAGAAAUUAAGGUAUAAUGAAUUGCUUCAAGAAACUCAGCAGUACGUCUGUUUCGGAUUGGAACUGGGCACAGCUCUUCUUCUUCUUCCUCUUCUUUUCUUUUCUUGUUUGGCUGUGAAUUUAGUGUGGAUCGGAGGUAAUAAACAGCACAAGAUGUUGUCGACUCCCUCCGUUCCUGAUUCUUGUCGUUGUUUGAAUUAAAACCACCACGACAAGAAUUAUGGAACGGAGGGAGUACCUAGCUAUAUAUGUUGGCAGUUGGUUGUUACAGAAUGUGGCAGGUAGUACUACUAGGUAUAUAUGUUGGUAGUAACUUGAUGUGAAAAUAAUAAUGAAAAUGUUGUUGUUGUUGU